AUGACUACGACUACUACUACUACGACUAACACUACUACUGCUAUUACUACUUCUGAUACCUCCACUACUACUACUACUACUUUCACUACUACUACUACUACUACUACUACUACUACUACUACUACUACUACUACUACUACUACUACUACUACUACUACUACGACUACUACGACUAACACUACUACUGCUAUUACUACUUCUGAUACCUCCACUACUACUACUACUACUUUCACUACUACUACUACUACUACUACUACUACUACUACUACUACUACUACUACUACUACUACUACUACUACUACUACUACUACUACUACGACUACUACGACUACGACUAACACUACUACUGCUAUUACUACUUCUGAUACCUCCACUACUACUACUACUACUUUCACUACUACUACUACUACUGCUACUACUACGACGACGACGAUGACUACUACUACUACUACUACUACUACUACUACUACUACUACUAAUAAUAAUAAUAAUAAUAAUAAUAAUAAUAAUAAUGAUAAUGAUAAUAAUAAUAAUAAUAAAAUUUCAAGAUUCCCUCAUAUUCAUUUAUAA